GCCUACCGAAAAGCCGCAUUGAAGUAUCAUCCCGACAAGAAUAAGGAUGACCCCACCGCGGCAGAGAGAUUCAAGGGUAUGUGUCAUACUUUCUUUUUCGUUAUUACUUUAAUUUCUGUUGUAUGCAUUUGCUGACUUCUCCCAUAGAAGUUUCACAGGCCUAUGAAGUGCUCUCGGACCCUGAAAAACGCAAGGUUUAUGAUCAAUUCGGUCUCGACUACAUGAUGCGCGGGGGUCCUGCUCCCUCGCCUCCUGGAGGCGGCGGCGGCGGUGCUGGACCAUCUCCCUUCGAAGGUGGAAUGCCUGGCGGAUUCUCGUUUGGAGGAAUGCCUGGUGGCGGCGGAGGUGGUGGUGCCCGGACGUUCCACUUCUCCACUGGCCCUGGCGGAGGUGGUGGCUCAGGCUUCCGCUUCAGUUCCGCCGAUGAUAUUUUCCGAAACUUCGCCAAGGGCGGCGGCGGAAUGGGAAUGGAUGAUGAUGAUCUCUUCUCGAUGUUGGGCGGUGGCCUCGGCGGCGGCGGUGGUCGUGGCUUUAGAUCAAGCCGCGGAGGUCCUGGUUUCCAGCAGGCCCGUCGUGCACCCACGCCUGAGCCUACGGUCAUGGAGAAGGAGUUGCCGUUGACGCUAGAGGAACUCUUCCGUGGAACGAGCAAGAAGGUUACAACGAAGAGCAAGGCAUUCGAUGCCAGCGGUAAACGCACCGUGCAAGAAGUUACAUUAGAAGCAAACAUUAAGCCGGGACUGCGGACCGGCUCCAAGAUUAAGUACAGAGGAGUUGGAGAUCAAGAAGAAGGAGGAAGACAAGAUGUUCAUUUGAUCGUCACUGAGGUAAGUUUCUAACAAAUUACCGGGUGUAUCAUUGAUCAAGUUGCUAACUGUGCCCAAUAGAAAGACCACCCCAACUUCAAACGCCAAGGAGACAACCUCAUCACAACCGUCGAGAUCAGCCUCAGAGAAGC